UAGGCCCAUUGAGAGCCCAACCCAAUUAAGUAUUCUUUUAUAUUUCAAAAUUUCAAAUUCAACAAAUUCUCUCACAAUUUCACAAAAACAAUUUCAGUCCAAUUUCUCUCGCCAGCUCAAAUCAGCUCUCAAAAUCACUCGUAAAAACACAUGGACGGCCAUGAUGCAGACAGUUCUAAACAAAGUACGGGUGAUAUGACUGCAUUUGUGCAAAACCUUCUCCAGCAAAUGCAAACUAGGUUCCAAACAAUGUCUGAGUCCAUCAUUUCUAAAAUCGAUGAGAUGGGAAACCGCGUUGACGAGCUAGAGCAGAGCAUCAACGACCUAAGAACCGAGAUGGGUCAAGAUGGUGGUGCUCCGUCGCCUUCAGCUCCAUCGAAGUCUGUAGAAGAUCCAAAGUCAGCUGAAGAUAGUUAAUCAAUGAGAGCUUCAGCUUCAUAUGUUUUUUUCUUGGUCUCAACUGGUUAAUUUUCCCCAUGUUGAUCAUCCCCUCGUUUUUCUUGAGAGGAAAUUAGUUUGCGUGAGAUUUGGUGUGUUAUGUGUGUGUGUGAUUUUCAUCUUCUAUGUCAAUGGAGGAUUAUGAGUAAACUAUGGUGUUAGUGUGUAACUCAGGCUUCGUUGAUCACCUAUUUAUUUGUAUUUUUAGGGCUCGUUUGGUA